AUGAAGCCUUUGGCAAAGAUUGAAGAAGAAGAUGAGUUUCCAGAACUGAUAGAAUAUUUGAGGACCGUCUCUGGUGUUGGACCAUCGAUUGCUGCACAAGCAGCUUCGGAGCUCCCAGAGAAUGCAUCCGUCAGAUACACAUAUGAAGAUGCACCAGAAAAUAUUGAUUCAGAACAACAGCGCAAGUUACGAGAAAUAUUGAACAGUGAAAACCCCGAAGAAGGGUUACGGAAGUUCAUGGAAGAAGCGGUUCAUAAUCAAUUUGGUAAUUCUGAAUCUCAAGCUGAAUCCUCUUCGUCUCCUGCUUCUCGUAAGAAGCAAAGACAAGUUUAA